CUCGUGUCUCUCUUCUCUCUUUUAUCUACCCAUUCCCUCCCUCCUUUUCAAAUAUAAAUUCGAUCCAUAAAAUAUUUUGUUUCGUGAACGCCAGAGAAGACGAUUUGGACGAGCAAAUUGCAACUACAGGUAUAAUCUCACUCCGAAUCUCACAGGGAAAGAAACGACAUUUGCAGGAGGAGAACAACAUAGGUGGUGGUUCGGGGAGGAAUUUGUUGUUCCUUCAAUUGAAUUCUUGGGGGAAGGAGGGGGGAUGGAGAGGGUUUAGAGGGAGAGUUUAAGCUGCUCAAGUUAGGGCUCCUGGUGAAGAUGACGGAAGUUGUUCUGCAUGUAUAUGAUGUGACCAAUAGUGGAUCGGAGAAGACAAACAGCACCAUCCUUCAGAUCAACAAGAUCUUCAAGGAUGGGAUUGGUCUCGGUGGUAUAUUUCACAGCGCUGUUCAGGUUUAUGGAGACGAAGAAUGGUCAUUUGGUUUUUGUGAGCAAGGUACUGGAGUUUUCAGCUGCCCUUCACGUAAGAAUCCAAUGUAUUCAUAUCGUGAAUCCAUUGUUCUUGGGACCACAAACUGUUCAAUUUUCAAGGUAAACCAGAUAUUAAGAGAACUCAGCAGGGAGUGGCCUGGAAGUUCAUAUGACCUGUUAUCCAAGAACUGCAAUCAUUUUUGUGAUGAAUUCUGCGAAAGUCUUGGAGUGCAAAAACUUCCAGGUUGGGUCAAUCGAUUUGCCAAUGCUGGGGACACUGCAAUGGAGGUGGCUGAAAGUACAGCAAUGCGGCUACGGCAAGCCAAAACGGAGAUUGUAUCUGCAAGUAAAGUAGCAUAUCGUUUCCUCGUAGGCGUCACUAACAAUAUUAGAAGUGAUCCAGACUCCCCGGGCAAUUCAAACAGAGGAGGGAGCCCCAGAUUUCAGGGUACUUGGUUGAAGAAUCUGAUUACCACUGGUGCUAAACCAUCCAGUAGUUCAGAAGUCCAGAAUCAAAAUGGGGAUGAGCAGCCCCAACAAAGGCAAGAAGAUGACGGCAAGGCACUGCUUCAUCAUAAUUCAUCUUCACAUGAUGGUAGUUGAGGGGGCUAGUCGCUGUCCCGAAAGGCAUAGUUCGGCAGCCUCUGCUGUGUAUUGUAUGUCAACAAAAGUGAAAGGCAAUUUUUAACAAUUCAAAUGUGACUCGAAGUGUAAAAUGUUCAACUCAACUCAAUUCUACCAUCAAAGCCUGCGAUGACUGUUCAUUGAACAGAGAUUAUGCCCUUUA